AAAAAAAGUGAUGGGAGGAGUAAAUAAAAGUGAUAUAUCUUUGAGCUGAUUAAAGCAUCUCCUAUUCUACUAUUACUGUGCCCGCCACUUCCAAAAUUUGCUGCCAUAGCCCGUAGCCACUCGCCCACUCUAAUCCGUUUCGUUGCCACUGACUGAGGUUUUUUCUUCUGUUCCAUUAUUAUUUACAGCAUCACUUUAGAGCAGAAAGUUGCCAACGAUGAACAAAAAAAAUUAUUUGAUAAAAGAAUUCUACCGUUUCUAUGAAAUGAAGCUUUAUACAACAUUUAGGAUCACUUUUUACUCUACAUCUAUUCCGCAUCUUCUUUGAUUAAAGGGAUAGUUUUCACAGUUUGCUAAAGUUUGACCUUUUUUUAGAAUCAAACGGCUCCGAUGAACCAUAUCUGAGUAGAGUCAGUUAUAGGAAUUAGGAAAUAGGUUAGAUAAUGGGUUAGGGAAUGGUGGUAAUAAUACAUAUUUACCCCAAUGAAAGUAUGAUAUAUUUAAUUUAUUGGGGUUAAAUCUUUACGAUUACCACCUGAACCAAUGGCUGCCCCAUUCCUCACUCUUCAGUUUAAUAAUUUGCUUGUACUUCUGUUGUUCCUGAAAAAAAAUCAGCUCAAGGAUAGAGCUUAGUGGUUCUUCAAAAGUGAGUGGAAGUAUGGAGAUAAUUCAAGAAACAGGGAGUCUGGAGAAAUACAUAGUUGGGUCCGUGCCAACCCUAAUCUACAUUCCAAACUUCAUCUCAGACAUUGAAGAAGAGCAGCUUGUCAAGAAUAUUUAUGGAGCUCCUGUUUCCAAAUGGAAAUCUUUAAAAAACAGGAGGCUGCAAAAUUGGGGAGGCGUUGUACACGAGAAGGGUCUUAUAGCACAAGACUUGCCUUCAUGGUUAACUAGAAUUACUCAGAGGAUCCAAGAGGAAUCAGGCCUUUUUCCUUCAGCAAUUAAUCAUGUUCUUAUCAAUGAGUAUCUUCCUAACCAAGGAAUAAUGCCACACCAGGAUGGACCUGCUUAUUAUCCAGUAGUGGCAAUUCUCUCUCUCGGAUCACCUGUUCUGAUGGAUUUUGACCCACAUCCAAAUCUUAAACGCAACAUAGAGUCAUCUACCAACAUUGUUGAUUAUAAAAUCUGUGAAGGUGGGACCACAAAGAUUAAUGUCAGUAAAAGAAGCGAAGAUGAUCACUGUUCCUUUUCCAUUUUGCUGAUGCCUCGCAGUUUACUCAUUUUCAAGGACAAGGCUUAUUCAGAAUACCUGCACAGUAUUAAAGAUGAUGAUGUACAACAGUGUAACGGGGCUGUGAAUGUGACAAGAAACGCGAUAGCUAAUGGCUCGUUUGGUUCAUUAUGUAACUCUGGGCAAGUAGUUGAUGAAGAGGGAGAAGCGGAUGACAUUGUUAUUCACCGGACUAAUACCAGACUCUCUUUGACGUGCCGGGUUGUGACCAAAGUUCAAAAAAAUCUGCUCAGGCUUUAGUUAGCUUAUAAUGUAUUUUGCUAGUGAAACCUAUUUGGAGGAAUAUAUUAGUUGCUUUUACUAAAAUGGUUGCGCACAUAUGUAUUGACUUUAUCACUUUUUGUACUUGAAUAAAAAAACAGAUCUAAUUUUGAUCAGAGUUGUUUUAAUUUGCCAAAGAACAACGUACAGAAAGGGCCAAUCCCUC